UCUUCUACUAUGCUGGAUACCAACGUAAACUACGCCCGGCCGGCCGCGCAUAACGCGACGACGACGAGUGUAGUAGUACCGCGCGCGCGUACAAACAAGACAAAAUACUGGUGUUGUGCUGGCUGGAUUUCCCUGUAACAGUUACAAUCUUGUCUAAGUCAUGCUGGUCAUCUCAUGCUAGUUUCAUCAUUUUGGAGCUACUGAGUCUGUGCUAUUGUCCUAUUUAGCGUGGCAUUAUCAUGAAGCUUUUGUUGAUCGCUGGGAUUCUUUUGGCCUCAGUUGGUAGCCUGUCUGCUGCAGAGUGCUAUCUCUGUAGCUAUGUACCAUCAGCAAUGGGUGAGGAAUGUAAGGAUCCCUUCAACAGCUCUAACAACUCAACAGAAACCUGUGAAGGGACUUACUGCUUGAAAGUUGUAUCCAAGAUCAGUGGGGAGGUGACAUCAAUCAGCCGUAGCUGUGCCGAAGCCUGCUCUGCGGCAUGCAUCUCUUUGCUCGGCAUUGAGGGGUGCACAUACUGUUGCCAGGGAAACCUCUGCAAUGGCGCAGGAACAAUCAACUACAAUCUGAUGAUGAUCAUCGCUAUGGUUACAGCAGUUCUGAAGCUCUAUGCUUAGCAACAACUUUACCUGAUUGUAAUUUCUAACAAGUUCUAAAAGGGUUCUCAUGGUUCUUAACCUUCUAAAAUUACUUAUUUCUAAAUUACCAACAGGGUAUUAAAAUAUUUCAAAUCUCAUAAGGUUGGUUUGUUCAGUACAUGUUCAGCUGUCAAAUACCAAGCCCCAAAAAUAAAAAAAAGAAGUUUUAACUUUUGGUUUGAAAUUAAAGACAAUGUGUUUCAUAUUUGGAAUGAAUGGUGCCAUUGAACCUGUCAAAUGAAGAUUGCUCAUCUGAAUGACAGUCAAAUAUUUGAAUAAUAGAAAAAAAUACUUUUGGUUUCCGUAUACCUUGCAGGAAAAAACCAAGUUUGGCUGUGCCGUUAAAAAUACUGAUUCACUUCCUCUGACUCCUGAAAAAAAAAAACAAUUUAAAGGCAUUUUUUCAAUUACUUGUGUCAACAAAAUGAUUCUAUGACAGUUUCUGCUUUAAUUAGUUGAAAUAAAUUCUGCUUGAAGAAAA